GAUGGGCGGGGAGGAGGAGAUCGUGCGUAUCGCCAGGCGGUUGGACAAGAUGGUGGCCAAGAAGAGCGCGGAUGGUGCAAUGGAUUUACUGAAAGAACUGAAAAGUAUGCCAAUGACUUUGGAUUUACUGCAGUCCACCCGCAUUGGGAUGUCAGUAAAUGCACUGAGAAAGCAGAGCACAGAUGAAGAAGUGAUAUCGCUUGCCAAAUCCCUCAUCAAAUCCUGGAAAAAACUUCUAGAUGCUUCUGAGGAAAAAAGUGAGGAGAAAAAGAAAAGCCUGUCCCUGCCAACAUCUUCCUCGAAGGAGACUGGUAACUCAAGAGACCAAAGGAUUCUCUAAAGUGCCUCUUAGGAGGCAUUGGAUCUGUGGCCUGAAUUCAGCUCUUCCAUGGGAUUUUCUUCCAGUGCAGCCCUGAGUCCUGCAUGCAGGCCCUGGCUGUUGCUUUGCCACCAUUUUGUUCCAGUGUAAAUUUUUACCUAUAAACCUUUGUUGCUGGGAUAGAUUUACAAGCUCUUUCUGCUGUUUAACAGGAACAGUGUGAACCACAAGGAUUUCCUGAGAUAGGUCUUCUAGGUGUGUUUAAGCUCUAUUCCCAACUAGUCUAAUUAGACACUAAUUUAUAAAGCUUAAUAAAAUAACUUUCUGUACAGUCUUUGGAAUGGCUGAGAAGUCUGUUUCAUCUCAUUUGUAAGUGAUCAGUUGUCAUCUCGGAGCACGUAUGACGUGUAUGUAGGCGAAUAUGUCUGUACUCAUCAGCAUGGGAUAACUGUAUCUUGUUCAGCUUUUUUCCACCUCCAAAGAAUAAACAUCUAAAUAUUUAAGUCAGUAGCAUUUGCAGAUGGAACCUUCCUGAAUAUCAAGCAUUAUCUGUGCAAAUACUAGUUUAGAGACCUGGCUUUAAGUAUUGAACGUGUUGAAGGUCGGUGUUGAGAGUUCACACGCAGUGCUUUGCUCUGGGAGACCUCAGUGUCAUUGUUGCUUGCAAAACAAGACAAAAGUGAAAGCUAGAAGAGCUCUCAGGCUCCUGCCACCCCUCCCACGACAGCACAGCCUCUGCCCACGCUGUCCCUGAUAGGCCUUUCUCUAAGCUCUUUGACAACCCUAAAAAACAUCAGGGUAAGACGCUUCCACAGCUGCCCUUGGCAGUAUAUUCUAAUCCAUAACUUGCAAAGCUUUACAGUUUGAAACUUGCUCUCAGUCAAAACCUGUCUUGCCAAGACCAUUUGUGCUUUUGUCUUUAGCAAGUAGGGAGGAUUUUUCCUACCAUUUUCUUUUGUAACAAGUUUUCCAGUAUUUCAGGACUCGUCUCCUCUAAGUCUUCCCUGCUGCAAGCCACCCCAGUUCCUUCAAUCUUUCCUUUUAUUGUAGGUAUGUUUUCUAGGUUUUGUUUGCCUUUGGACUUCGGGAAGUCUCAUUUUAUCCAAACCAUUUUACACAACGUGAUCAGCUGUGAUGUUUAGAUGAGUUAUUCCUGAGUUGUGUAUGCUUUGAUCUAUAUACACCCCCAUGCAUGCUGCCUGUGAUCUGUGUGCAACUUCUUAAGCACAAAAAGCACCCGAUGGUGAUUUGCACGCUCCAGAUGGGACAAGAUCAGCAUCUAAUUGAUUAUUUGCAAACUAAAUUGGUUGUUCUUUUUGUAUUAUGUGCAGUGCAAAACCUAUUGAAUGUUUUGAGCUGUUUGGACACAAAUAUGUUCCUUAAUAGCCUCCUGCAGUGCUGACCAGUAAAACAAGCAGGUAAAAAGUGGUUUUUAUUCAGCUACUGGUCAAAGAGAAACAGUAGGAUUACAAUAUAAUCUCCCUCAUAGAAUGCAUCUAUUUCAUCUGUGAAUGAGCAAGAAAUUAAACUUCUGUGGUUUGACACCUGAACAAUUUGGUGAAGCUGCACUGGUGGAUGCCUCUUAAAAGGGCCUGGUGAAGUUUUGAACUGUGGAAAUCCAGUAACCCCAGUGAUUAUCUACAGGUUUUGAGGCACUGCAGAGCCAGACUGGGUUUGAAUUUAGCAGCAGCAGGGUCUCCCACGAUAAGUCCCUGAAGCUGGCUGGCUCAGUUUGUGCAGCAGCAGAUUCGGAAGGUUUCCAGCUUAGUGCUGUUUUUCC